GAUCACCCCCGGAUUUUGGGAUCCCCCCCCGAUUUGGGGUCCGGCCAUGGGGCUGUGGCUGCUGUGGCUCUGGGUCCCCCUGGGGCUGGCGGAGGAGGAGACGCUGCUGGACACGCGGCUGGAGACGAGUGACCUUCAGUGGACUGUCCACCCGCAGGGGGAGGGGCAGUGGGAGGAGCUGAGCGCGCUGGACGCGGAGCUGGGCGGGGCCGUUCGCACCUUCGAGGUGUGCUCGGGGCGGGGGCGGGGCGGGGCCGGCCGGGACCCCGCCCACAACAGCUGGAGCCCCGCCCACAACAGCUGGAGCCCCGCCCAGAACAGCUGGCUCCGGUCCCGCUGGGUGCCCCGCGGCGCCGCCACCACCGUGCUGGCCGAGAUCCGCUUCACCGUGAUGGCGUGCGACAGCCUCAGCCCCGCCGGGCCCCCGCGGCCCUGCAAGGAAACCUUCUCGGUCUUCUACCACGAGUCGGACGCGGACACGGCCACGGCCACCUCGCCGCCCUGGAUGGAGAACCCCUACGUGAAGGUGGACACGGUGGCCGCCGAGCACCUGUCGCGGCCCGGGGGCGGCCCGGGGGCCCGCGUCAACCGCAAGGUGCUGCGGCUGGGCCCGCUGAGCCGCGCCGGCUUCUACCUGGCCUUCCAGGACCUGGGAGCCUGCAUGGCGCUGCUCUCCGUGCGCCUCUUCUUCCGCCGCUGCCCCGCCGCCACCGCGCGCCUCGCCCGCUUCCCGGCCACCGUGCCCGCCGAGCUGGUGGCCCCGGUGGCCGGGGCGUGCGUGGCCGGGGCGGUGCCGGCGGCGCAGGGGGUGCCGCUGAUGUACUGCCGGGAGGACGGGCGCUGGGCCGAACCGCCCGCGCUGGGCUGCGUGUGCGGGGCCGGGAUGGAGCCCAGCGAGGGCACGGGCUGCCGGCCCCCUCCCUCAGCCCCCCGUGCCCUGGUGGCCCAGGUGAACGGCUCGGGGGUCCGGCUGUCCUGGAGCCCCCCCCGGGCCGGGGGGGACCGGCCGGACCUGCGCUACCACGGGCUGCGGACCCCCGCGGUCAGCGUGGCCGGGCUCCGGCCGCGGGUCACCUACAGCUUCAGGGUCAGCGCCCGCAGCGGGGUCACCCCCCCGGGCCCCCCCGAGCCCCCCGCGGCCGAGAUCAACGUCACCGCCGGCGCCGACGCCCCCGGGCCCCCCGUGCUGGACUACGAGGUCAAAUACUAUGAGAAGUUGGGGGGCGGGGAGGGGCCCCCCCAGUUCCUGAAGGUUCCGCGGCCGCGGGCGGAGCUGGGGGGGCUGCGCCGGGGGGGUCUCUACGGGGUGAGGGUCCGCGCCCGCUCCGAGGGCGGCUACGGCGACUUCGGGCCCGAGACCACCGUCAGCGCCCCGGGCAGCGAGGGGUCCCGGGGCGGUCCCGGGGGGGUCGUGGCCGGAGCCGCUGCCCUGGGGGGGCUCCUGGUGCUGGCGCUGCUGGGGGGGACCCUGGUGUGCCUCAGGCGAUGGCGGCUCCGGGCAGAGAAGCAGCGGCGCGGCCCCGUCCCCGGGGGGCUCGGUGGGAAGCUCUACAUUGACCCCCUGACCUACGAGGACCCCGAGGUGGCCCUGAGGGACUUUGCGCAGGAGAUCGACGUCACCUGCGUCACCAUCGAGGAGGUCAUCGGCGCAGGUGAAUUUGGGGAGGUGUGGCGCGGGCGCCUGUCCCUGCCGGGCCAGCCCGAGGCCGAGGUGGCCGUGAAGACGCUCAAGGGCGGCGCGGGCGAGCGGCAGCGCCGGGAGUUCCUGCGCGAGGCCGCGCGCAUGGGGCAGUUCCGGCACCCCAACGUGGUGCGGCUGCGCGGCGUGGUCAGCGCCGGGCCCCCCGCCAUGAUCGUCACCGAGUUCCUGCUGCACGGAGCGCUGGACGCCUUCCUCAGGGGCCGGGAGGGGACGCUGUCCCCGCUGCAGCUGGUGGCCAUGCUGCGCGGCAUCGCGGCCGGGAUGCGCUACCUGGCCGAGGCCGGCUUCGUGCACCGGGACCUGGCGGCGCGGAACAUCCUGGUGGACGCUCACCUGGUCUGCAAAGUGUCCGACUUCGGGCUGUCCCGGGCGCUGGACGGGGACAGGGACAGCGACCCCACCUACACCAGCUCGCUGGGCGGGAAGAUCCCGAUCCGCUGGACGGCCCCCGAGGCCAUCGCGUUCCGCACCUUCACCUCGGCCAGCGACGCCUGGAGCUACGGGAUCGUCAUGUGGGAGGUGCUGAGCUUCGGGGAGCGGCCCUACUGGGACAUGUCCAACCAGGACGUGAUCAACGCCAUCGAGCAGGAUUACCGGCUGCCGCCGCCGCCGCGCUGCCCGCCGGCGCUGCACCGGCUGAUGCUGGACUGCUGGCAGCGCGAGCGCGGCGCCCGCCCCACCUUCCCCCACAUCGUGCGCGCCCUCGACCGCCUGAUCCGGCGCCCCGAGAGCCUCCGCGCGCCCCCCGCGGACCCCCACAGCUCCUCCCCGGCCUGCCUGGAGCAGCGCGGCCCCCCCGGCCCCACGGCCGCCCCCGGCCCCACGGCCGCCCCCGGCCCCUCGGUGGGGGAGUGGCUGCGGGGGCUGGGUCUGGGCGGGUACGAGGAGCCGUUCCGCAGCGCCGGCGUCACCGCGCUGGAGCUGCUGCCGCGCCUGCGCAGCGAGGACCUGCUGCGCAUGGGGGUGACGCUGGCCGGGCACCAGCAGCGGAUCCUGGAGGGCGCCCAGAGCCUCCGGAGCCCCCCCAAAGGGGACCCCCAGUGCUGACCCCGCCCCCAGCCCUGCCCACAGCAAGAUGGCCGCCGGGGACCGGCGGUAAGGGACGCAGCUGGUGGGGGAGAAAGAUGGCUGCCACGACAAUAUGGCCGCCAGGAGGAUGUGGCUGCUGUCGCAAUAUGGCCACCAAUUCAAUAUGGCCGCCAAUUCAAUAUGGCUGCCAAUUCAAUAUGGCUGCCAAUUCAAUAUGGCUGCCAUCACAGUACAGCCGCCAUUGCAAUAUGGCCACCAUCGCAAUAUGGCCGCCAAUUCAAUAUGGCUGCCAUUGCAAUAUGGCUGCCAGGACAAUGUGGCUCCACCCACCCAAUGGGCGGGGCCUGGCUGGGGCAAUCUCAG